ACAAGUUGAACCGUCAUUUUUAAUCGUUUCGUUCUUCUAUUUACGGAUGUUUGGGUUUUCAGUGUUUUAAAUUCGACUUAAGUUGGCGAAUUUGGAUGAGGAAAUUUUUUGUUUACGAUUGUAACGCGACAAGCAAGUUAUUCAAAACUAGAUAGAUUAGUAGGAUGGCACCCACAUUCGACCAUUCAAGUAAAAUUUGAAGGGCGGUCGUGACGGAUGUGACAGAAUCUCACUGAUCAGCAGCCAUACUCUUCCUGAAUUUAAUGUGGUAAUUGGUGGGUGUACUCUCUCUCUCUCUCUCUCUCUCUCUCUAUGUGGAGUGAACAAAAGAGUGCAGAUCCAGAAUUCUAUCUUGAAGGAGAACUGCUAUGAAAUGAAAAAGAAAGAAUCAGUCAGAAAAGUGUACUGAUGCGAGCGGUUCGUUAAGACCAUUGAUUAUCAGCAGAUGAUUUGGUUGUAGUACUUCUUUCCUUUUUGGCUUUGCGGAAGUACUUACAGAUCAUUGUGAUGGGGAAGCGGUUAAAGGAUAUUAGUAUUUAAGAAAGAGCUAAAAUUAGUUGGAGGGGAAUUCCAUUACUCCUUUGGAUGUGGCUUAUAGGGUGGUUUAGCUCCCUAUCCUAAUUACUGAUUCCUCGUUCUUGGGUUAUAGCGUCAAAGCUGUAAACAAGCACCUUAGUUCUUGCAUCAGUCACUGCCAUCAUCAGUCAACAACAUCAUGAGCUCUAGGAAUGGUGUUGAGGAUGGUGGGAGUAGCAGUGAUCUAAAGAAGCCAUUCCUACAUACUGGGAGCUGGUAUAGAUUGAGCUCUACGCGGUUCAACAUGACGGAAGGCCUUAGCUCCUCUGCCAUCUUCAGGGAUCGAUCCAUUUCCGUCAUCCUGUGCACAAUGAUUGUGGCCUUGGGCCCAAUUCAAUAUGGCUUAACGUCGGGAUUCACGUCGCCUACUGAAUCUGCAAUCGUUAAAGAUCUUGGCUUGACAACCUCGGAGUUCUCCUUGUUUGGCUCGCUUUCGAACGUUGGUGCCAUGAUUGGGGCUAUGACAAGUGGUCAAAUUGCAGAGUAUGUUGGGCGUAAAGGGUCGCUCAUGAUCGCCUCAGUUCCUAACAUAAUUGGAUGGCUGGUCAUAUCCUUUGCCACUGAUUCGUCAUUCUUGUAUAUGGGUAGACUGCUGGAGGGAUUUGGAGUAGGAGUCAUAUCAUACUCUGUACCUGUAUACGUAGCUGAGAUAUCUCCACAGGAUAUGCGGGGUGCCCUUGGAUCUGUCUAUCAGUUAGGUAUCACUAGCGGCAUCCUGAUCGCUUAUCUUCUGGGUUUGUUUUUACGGUGGAGAACACUUGCAGUGCUAGGAAUCUUGCCCUGUACAUUAUUGAUUCCUGGUUUAUUCUUCAUCCCCGAAUCUCCUAGAUGGUUGGCAAAAAAGGGCUUCAUGGAAGAUUUUGAGCUUUCCUUGCAAGUUUUGCGUGGAUUUGAGACUGAUAUUUCCAUGGAAGUUAAUGAUAUAAAGAGAACUGUAGGUACAUCAAGCAGAACAGCCACUAUUAGAUUUGCUGAACUCAGGCGGAGAAAAUAUUCUAAGCCACUGAUGAUUGGUACUGGAUUGUUGAUGUUACAACAGUUAUGUGGAAUAAAUGGCAUCCUUUUCUACUCCACAAGCAUAUUUGAAACUGCUGGAAUUUCAUCUAGCAGUGUUGCAACUAUUGGAGUUGGAGCUAUCCAGGUCAUUAUGGCGGUUGUCGUAUUGUGGUUAGUGGACAGAACAGGCCGCAGAGUGCUGCUAAUAAUAUCUACUGUCGGGAUGACAGGAAGCCUGCUACUUGUGUCAGUUGCAUUUUAUGUGAAGGGAUAUAUUGCAGAAAGUUCAAGAUAUUAUAGUGCAAUGAGCAUUCUGUCUUUGGUUGGUCUCAUGGCAUUUGUUGUUUUCUUCUGCCUUGCCAUGGGGCCAAUUCCAUGGUUAAUAAUGUCUGAGAUUAUGCCAAUCAAUAUUAGGGGACUUGCUGGAAGCAUUGCAACAAUGGCCAACUGGCUUAUGGCAUGGAUAGUUACAAUGACUGCAGACCUACUCCUAAGUUGGAAUGCUGGAGUGACCUUUACUGCUUACAUGGUUAUCAGUGCCUUGAAUGUUCUGUUUGUGAUAUUUUUGGUGCCGGAGACAAAGGGACGAAGUCUGGAAGAAAUAGAGUCUUCAUUCAGAUAACAGUGUGAUUGGAGGAAUAUUAUUUUCUUUUGGAUGGCUUACCUAUUUUUUCAGUUUCCACAUAAUUGAAGCUGCCAGCUUCAAUCCGUAUUUGUGGCUUUAUCUUCAUCUUUGAAAUCAAUCCAUGCCAUUUCCUCUUUUAUGAGCUUUUUCAAUAAUCUUCUUGGUUUCUGUUUAUUCACUUUAUUGUGAACACUGCUGUAAUCUGUGCAAAUAGAUCCACAGCUUGUGUAUUUUCUCAUUA